AUUUCAAAUCCGGACGCGAUCUUCUCCCUUAUCCCCUGCUGCGAAGCGCGCGCCGUGCCCACCACUUGCCUUUGACUUUACAGGGAUCGAGUCAUCCCCCUCGUGCCACUCCAGAGUACGCGUCUCGAGUAUGUACAGGCGUACGCGUAUAUAUUUGCGCUUCCCCGGACCGGCCUGCCAGUGCCAAAAGUCAACCCCAUCCCGCCCCGGCCACCACCACGCGUCCGUCCUACCUAGCUAGCUCACUUCGUCAAACCUCUCCAAGCUCAAAUCCCCGGUCGCCGUUCAUGUGCGGCCUGCUUCUGCGCAUGGAGCACCUCAACGACUGGGACCUGCAGGCCGUCGUCAGGAGCUGCGCCACCUUCUCCUCCUCCCGCCACCCCCAGGACCGCGCCGGUCCUCCUCCGGGCACCGCCGCGGCGCCGGUCAAGCGGGAGCCGCGCGACGUGGUCCGGCCCGCGUCGGCGGCCAAGGACGCGUCGUCGCUGUACGGCCUCGAGUACCUGGACCUGGAUCACAAGCCCUUCCUGCUGUCGGCGCCGUCGUCGCAGUCGUGGGCGGCGGUGGACGACCGCCACGAGAUGAUGAUCUCUUUCCCCGCGGCGGCGUCCACGUCCGGCGUGCGCCCGCGGGUGCCGCCUGGCCGGAAGCCCGGCAUGCGAAGCAGCACCCCACGCCCGAAAAGAAGCAAGAAGAGCCAGCUGAAGAAGGUGGUGUGCGAGGUGCCGGUGGCCGACGGCGGCGUCUCCUCCGACCUUUGGGCAUGGCGAAAGUACGGUCAAAAGCCCAUCAAGGGCUCGCCUUAUCCCCGGGGGUACUACAAGUGUAGCAGCAUGAAGGGGUGCAUGGCCCGGAAACUGGUGGAGCGCAGCCCGGCCAAGCCCGGUGUGCUCGUCAUCACCUACAUGGCCGACCACUGCCACCCGGUGCCGACGCAGAUCAACGCGCUCGCCGGCACCACCCGCCACAAGACCACCCCUGCCGACGGCCACGCAGGGACGACGACCACGACGUCGCCCAAGAGCCACGGCGAUGCCCACGAGGCGGUGAGGUGCGACGACGAAAGCAACGAGACGUCGUCCAUGGCGGUGGACGGUGCCACUGAGGACGCGGCGGGGGAUGACGGCGGCGAGUUCUGGCCGACGGAGCUGGACCUGGACGAGUUGUUGGCGCCCGUGGAUGGCGAUCUGGAUCAUGUCUUCGACGAGGACGACGCCCUGGGACGACGGCUCUCGCUAUAGCUGGAGAGGAAAUUUGUAGCUAUAACCUAUAGGCACCACCGAUUGACAACUUUUUUGCCCCUGUGUUCACAUAUUUGCGAAGGAGGGGUCACGCAGCAGGCAAGAAGCCAUGUAUAUGCGUUUGAUGUGUGUUUUGUGCUUGAUCCCUCUCAACAAAAUUGAUGGAAGAUUUCUGAUGUA